AUGCGUCGAAUGGUCGAGCUACGAGGUGGCAUUAGAAGCGACACACCCUGGGAGCAGUUUAUGACCUCAGUGGUCACUGCCUUCGAUCUUCUCUGGACCUUCGUCCUCUCAUCCGACCCGCAAACCUCCCCAGUCGUCGCUGCUUCCGCCGCACCUUCUCUGCCCCUCCGAAACGAAAUCCCCGUAUACGCCAACCAUCCAUUCCCUCCUGACUACGCAGCCUCGCUGUCACGCAUUCCCGAUGGCUUCAGCAAUCUUGCUGUGGCCUCUUUACUAUCGGUACAGUGCGUACGUAUCAUCGAGCGAAUCCCGCACGAGCCUAUCAUCCCCAGUACCACAGGAAACACCCUUUCAUCGCAACGUGGUCGGUCUACGGCGCGCAGUACGGAGCUUCACUCUAUCCUUACCGACCUCCUCAAAUUGACGUCUCUUUCCAUCACGAAGAUGGAGCAUCUGCUCUGCCACGGCCUCGUCGCCUACUGUCUCCCGUUGCAGUAUGGCACUCCACUACCCAUCAGCACGACGCGCACACUCCAGAGCUGUGUCGAAACCUACAUGGCGCUCAACCUCUCUGAAAAUGAAGAGAAGCUGGAUGGCAAGUGUUUGCUAUGGAUCGCCGUGGUGAUCGCAUCAUGCUUGGACAUGUGCAGCGACAGUAGCCUGCGGAACGCGCCAGUGCUGGAGCGCAUAUUGAACAAGUUCCCGCAAGCAAGAGAAUGGACCAAGGUCGAUACCAUUUUGAGAACAUUUCUGUGGCACGAGGAUCUGAGCGAGCAAUGGUAUCGGACCUGGCAAGGAGUGCUGGCGAGGCGGAAAAGCCCACCCAGUGGUUUUCGCAGCAGUCCUCAAGCCUUCAGUCCUAUCACUGUAGUCGGAGGCGCCAGUCCAGGCUACACGAUGGGCUCCGAGCGGCCGGGUUGCGGUGGUUCAGGCUCAAGUGAGAGCCCAAGGGCAGCUGUGCCAGAGCCAGCAGAACCUCGACAGGCUGAUGCCCGAAGCAUGAAAGUUGCGAGUCUGCUCCACAAUGACUGA